AUGCUUUUCACAAUACUGCCUAGAGCAGCAAUCCGCUGCUCACUCAAGACGCCAAUUCGGUCAAUAUCAACUCUUCAGUCAAAUCCACACAUUUAUGUUUUCCCCUCACCUACAUCACCAUCUUCCCACAUCCUAACCCUCCUCCCAACCCAACCUCCAACCUCCUCCUUAGCAAUUGGAGAAACAAAUGCCCUCCCUCCAACACCCACCUCUGUCACAGAGAACCCACACUUCAUGCGCAUUCUCUACGAUGUCCUCCGUCUCCACGCCCCAUCCGAUCCCUAUAUACAAGGCCAGGCUGCAGCUUUUGCCUCGAGUUCUGGGUCUGCGUUAGGGUCCGGCGGCAUGUUCUUCCCACAGCAGAAUCAGAGUGGAAGAGGAGGACGAGGUGCGGCUAAGAGAGGACAAGCUGGUGUUGGAGCGGGAGGUGCGAGUUCGCAGGGUGGAGCUGGGGGAGGAGGGAAGGGCGGAUGGGUACAUGUUAGUGAUUUGAGGGCGCCACCUGACUAUGGGAGGAUUGCGUGGCCGGAAGAUAUCUUUGGUAGUUUGGAGGUGGAUGGGAGGGGGGAGUUUGUGGAGAGCGAAGGAGGGACUCGAGGAAAUUGGCAAGAGAGUGGGAGCUACAGAGUGAUUACGAGGGAAGGGAUAUUGGGGCUGAGCGAUUUCUUGAGGGGCAAGUUGGUCGAACGGUUGAUGGAGGAAGAGAAGAAAGCUUUCAGGUAG